GGGCACUGGGGCAUGCCAGGCGGGGCGCAGCACAGCAGCCCCAGGGCAGCAUCGGGCCUGCUGGAGGCACUGAUUUCCUCCUCGUCCUCGUCCUCGUCCUCCUCCUCCUGCUCCUGGCAGCCCGACGGCACCUGCGUGCCCAUGGAGGUGGUGCUGAUGGAGAAGGUGGGCUCUGGCUGCCACAACAUCAUCGAGCUCCUUGACUGGUUCGAGCUGCCUGACAGCUUCGUGCUGGUGAUGGAGCGUCCGGAGGCAUCGCAGGAUCUCCUGCAGUUCCUGCUGGAGCAGGAGUUCCUGUGCGAGGAGAUGGCGCGCUGGCUUUUCUGCCAGGUGCUGGAGGCCGUGCGGCACUGCACCGCCUGCGGCGUCCUGCACCGGGACAUCAAGCCGGAGAAUCUCCUCGUGGACCCGGAGAGCGGCGACCUGAAGCUCAUCGACUUCGGUUGCGGCACCUUCCUCCAGGAGCAGCCCUUCACGCACUUUGCCGGUGAGCCCAGGGCCCGGGCCCUGCUCCCGGUGCCAGGCGCUGCACGGCGCCACUGCCUGGGGGGCUGCGGGCUGCGGCCUUCAGCCGGCUGCCCUUUGGCGCGGGGCAGAGGCCGUGUCCCGGGAGCCGGCUGCCGGCUGGCGGCCGAUAGAGGGGGGCGGCAAAAGCCGGCUGCCGGCCUCUUGGCUGGGCAGGCCGGCAGGGGCUCGGGCCGCUGCUGCGCCGGCCCUCUUUGCCUGGCAGAAUGGUUCCUUGGCUCUGGCCGGCCGGCUGGGGGACGCAGGGUGGCCUCGGGGGGGAAGUUGUGGCCGCGGGCGCGGCCCGUGCCUGGGCCAGGAGGCUGGCGCGAGGCUCUGCAAGGCCGCGGCCCGCGCCUGGACAGCGCCGCCCGUCUCCCCUAG